GGGCUUCCGUUUCGGUCUAGCUGGGCAGAGGCCAUUGUUUGUGUAGACGGAGGGUUUGGGCCGGUGUCCGUCGCGCUUCAGAGGCUCCGUAAGUGCCGCUGACUCUCGGGAGCACCGAGCCCGAAGCGGACAAGGGCGGGGAGAGCUGUGGCUGAAGAAAGGGUGGCAGAAAAGGGAGGGUCAGGGACCGAGAAGCGGCUCCGGCGGCGAAGUCCCGGAGACACCAGUGUAGGUGCGUCCUUCCCAGUCGGCCUCCCCAGGGACCUGUGAUCUGCAGGGCAGGACCGGGGUGGCAAAGGCUCAUGCCCGCAUUUUACAGCUCAGCCUCCUCAGCACUCCACCCUUCCCCAAAAGAGGAGCACCAAGGAGGAAGGAAUGUUCAGUGUUUUCCUCAUAGCCUGAUCGCAGAUUUCUUAUUCCUGGAAAGCCUGUUCUCGGACCAGAUGGCAGUAACGUUUGAAGAUGUGACUGUUAUUUUUACUUGGGAGGAGUGGAGAUUCCUGGAUUCUUCUCAAAAAAAGCUCUACAGAGAGGUCAUGUGGGAGAACUACACAAAUGUCAUGUCAGUAGGAAACUGGAAAGAGAGCUACAAACCCCAAGAAGAAAGAUUCAGAUAUUUAGAACAUGAAAAUCUUUCCUGCUGGCAAGGCUGGAGAAAUGCGAGCACUCAGAUAUAUGAGAAUCAAAACUAUGUGGAAACCAUUCAAAGGAUAGAUUCUGAACACCUAAAGCAGCAAGACCUUUCCCACUAUCAAGCAUGGUUAAUACUCUCCACACAAGUACCAGGGUAUGGGAACUAUGAAGUGACUUUUGGAGCUAAAAGUCCCACGAACUUAAAAUAUACAAAGUUUAUACCUUGGCAGUCCUUCAAAACAAAACAUACUCAAGACUAUAGUGGAGAAAUCUAUGUGAGUGAUUCACAUGGUUUUCAAGGAAGCAGAUACCAUCUUGGCAUAUCCAGGAAAAAUCUCUCCAUGGAAAAAGAACAGAAGCUCAUAGUUCAGCAGUCUUAUGUACCAAAUGAGGAAGCCCUUCCAGAGUACAUUGGGGAGAUGUCCCAAAAUGACCUACUGAAAGACUCUAUGGAAGAGAAAUACUGUGGAUGUAAUAAAUGUAAAGAAAUUUAUUAUUGGAAAUCACAAUGUGUUCUCCACAAGAGAAAUCAACUUGGAAAAAAGUUGUAUCAGUGCUCCAUUAGCACAGCAUGCUUCUCUCAGAGAUCAGACCUAUACAGACAUCCAAGAAUCCACAUAGGUAAGAAGCUGUAUGGAUGUGCUGAAGUUGACAGUAACUUUAGUCAGAGCGUAGGUGUUCACUUUUAUCACAGAGUCCACACAGGGGAGGUUCCUUAUAUAUGUAAUGUGUGUGGUAAGAGCUUCAGUCAGAUCUCUAGUCUUCACAAUCAUCAAAGAGUCCAUACAGAAGAGAAACUCUAUAAAUUUGAGUGCGAUAAGGACCUCAGUAGAAAUUCAUUACUUCACAUUCACCAGAGACUUCACAUAGGAGAAAAGCCUUUUAAGUGCGAUCAGUGCGGUAAGAGUUUUAGUCGGAGUUCAGUACUUCAUGUUCAUCAGAGAGUCCACACAGGAGAGAAACCAUAUAAGUGUGAUGAGUGUGGUAAAGGCUUCAGUCAGAGCUCAAAUCUUAGAAUUCAUCAGUUAGUCCGCACAGGAGAGAAGUCCUAUAAAUGUGAUGACUGUGGUAAGGGCUUCACCCAGCGCUCAAAUCUUCAAAUUCAUCAGAGAGUGCAUACAGGAGAGAAGCCUUAUAAAUGUGAUGACUGUGGGAAGGACUUUAGUCACAGCUCAGAUCUUCGCAUUCAUCAGAGGGUCCACACAGGGGAGAAACCCUAUACUUGUCAUGAAUGUGGGAAGGGCUUCAGCAAGAGUUCAAAGCUUCACACUCAUCAACGAGUACACACUGGAGAGAAACCCUAUAAAUGUGAACAGUGUGGUAAGGGAUUCAGUCAGCGUUCACAUCUUCUCAUUCAUCAGAGAGUCCAUACAGGAGAAAAACCCUAUAAAUGUGAUGAUUGUGGAAAAGGCUUUAGUCACAGCUCUAAUCUUCACAUUCAUCAGAGGGUUCACACAGGGGAGAAGCCUUAUCAGUGUGCUAAGUGUGGUAAGGGUUUCAGUCAUAGCUCAGCUCUUCGAAUUCAUCAAAGAGUCCACACAGGAGAGAAGCCUCAUAAAUGCCAUGAGUAUUAUAAGGGAUUUGAUCAGAAUUCACAUAUUCACAAUAAUCACAGAAGAGAAACCUUAUAAUUCUGUUCAUUUAGUUAACAGCUUUAAUCAAAGCUUAACCUUAAGCCCAAUAAAUGCUACUGGGAAGGAAAUUGUAUAAAUAACCAAAGUAAUCCCAAGUAACAUUUAUAGUUUCCCCUAAGUCCCACUAAGAAUCAUGUGCUUCAAGAGGAGAUGCUUAGGAGGAUUCUUAUAUGUUUAAAAUUAAAGCGUAUUUUCUUUUUCUACUAUAAAUAUUAUACAUAGUCAUUAUAAAAUAUAUUUAAAAAUUCAAGGAGAAAAAACUUCAUCCUGUUUCAUCCUAGUCUUUUUUUCUGUGCAUUUUCAUGUGCAUAAACUCGUACUCUAUGUUCAAGUUUGUAUUUUCACUGACUUCAAAACACUUAGAUUUUGGUUUGAAUUGAAAUUGGCUACCUAUCUAUGGGACAGCAUCUUGACUCACCUGUCAAGUCCCUCGGAAGCUACAGAAAAAAAUGAAAACACAUGACACUUGAAACUCAAACUGGUAGGUAGCCUAUGGCUCAAAUGUGGAAGAAUUAACUAUAGGGCCAGGGGAAUUCAAUUGCUUAUGACAAAAGAUAGGAAAAUACUGUAUGACCCUUUAUCUGAGUUAGGACAUCUUAGAGAUGCUAUUUCUGUCAACCAGGAAACUCAGGAACCAUUAUUUUGUUGCAGGGGUGCUGCUCUCUGAGGUUACCACAGUGCAUUCUUAACCCAUUUUCAUCCUCAGUUUUCCGCAUUUAUUCAUAGGGUCAGACAUCAAGUAACAGGAGAUACAAGAUUUAGUUUCUCCAAGUAAGGUGUCAAGGAUGUGGACAAAAGCUGAUAGAAGUGAAUGCUAAAAACUGGAGAUACUCAAUCAGUUCAGAAUUAGAGAUCCAAGCAGUAGAAUUUGAUUUAAUCUCAGCAGAAUAGAAUGGUAAUAGAGAAACAUCUGCUAGAAACAGAAUUGAACUCAGAGCUCUGUGCAGAAAUGAAUUCUCAAGCUAAUUAUGCAAGAAGAGAGAAUUUGGUCAUUAUAAAAAUGGAGUAGACUCAAUGAGAAUACAUAAGCCCUAACUAUUGAUAUGUGAACAUGUUUAGAUAUCACUUCCCAAGAGAAAAUAAAUUAAGUGGAGCUGUUUAGGAAAUUAAGAGGGAAUUGCAGUACCAAAGAAAGGAAUAUCAUUGUGUAGACUUAGAAUCCUGUAGCCUGAAAAUUAGCUAUUUCGGUGUCCUAAAUAAAUUUUCAGAAAAACUGGUGUCCUCAGUAGCAUAACAGAAAACCUGAAAUCAAUAAAACUAGAAUAGAAAUACAUAAGUAGAGAAGAGCCUCUAAGAUAAAAAGAAAAAUAGAUAUAAUGAAAAAGGACUACAGGGAAAUUUAAAAUGCUGUAUCAAAGGAAAAGGCACUAAGAAGCAGAAUUGGCACUGUAGAAUAUCAAAUACUGCAAUGAAUAAACUUGGGAUGAUGUUAAAUGUAUAAGAAAAGGAUAAUGAGAUGCGAACAAUGAGAGAAAAGACAGAUAUGAAGUGCAGAGAAUGGAUAGCCAUUGUGAGAACUAAAGGUGUUUCUAAGGAAGAUGAACAAUUGGAAUGGACUCAGUGAUCAAAGAAAUUAAGAAAUUUUUCCUGAGCUAAAAGUAUAUGCCCACUAGAUUUUAGGCAAAACCAGUAUAAAAAACCAUGCUUAGAAACAGCUUAUGAAAAAAAGAACAAUUGAAAGUAUGCAGAAAGAAAAAUUCUGUUCAUCUACAAAACCAAAAAGGGAGGAUGGAUAAAGACCUCAGUAAAUGUCAAAAGACAAUGGAAAAACACUUAAAGGAUUGUGUGAGGUUAAAAAAUCUGUUAACCACCUACAGUUUUUUUUUAUCAACUAAAUUGUCUUUUAUAUGUGUAGGUAACAGAUAAGCAAGAAAACAGAAAACUUAUCAUACACGUGCCUUUCUUAAAGAGAGCUCAAGAAUGUGGAAGUCAGUAUAAAAGGACUGGUGAUGAAUACUAAAAUCAGUUAAACUUGCGGUUAAGUCUGGAUAAUUGUUAAUUUGCUUACCAAACUUCAAAAAUUUUAAAUAGUUGUGCAAGAAAAUAUUUCAUAUACAAAUGCUGAAUAUAAAAGCAGAUUAUAUAUAAAAGUCUGGGUGGGAGAGUAGGGUUGUCAUAAAAUGCAGGACACCCAGUUAAGUUUCAAUUUGAGAUACACAAUAAUUUUUUAGUAUAAGUGUGGCCUAAAUAUUACAGGGGACUUAUACUAAGAAAUUAUUUAUUUAUAUGAAAUUCAAAUUUAACUAGGCAUCCUGUGUUUUUAUUUGCUAAAUCUGGCAACCCUGUGGGGGAAGGACAGCAAAGGAAACUGUGCUACAUUUCUGAUCUUAAAUAGCAGGGACUUAUUACAUUUUCUUCUUGACUUUAACAAUUCAAGAAAUAAAGGUUUUAAGAUUUUUUUUUUCAAAGUUAGAAAUUGCAACUAAUAAAACUAAAAAAAGCACAUAUACCUUUCAAGACGGAGUAAGAUAAAAGCAAAGAAUAUUCAGUCCCUGUUGCAAAAGACAGAAACAAAACAAAACAAAAUGACCUAAAAAAUUAGAGAACAUGGAUCAAGAUGAGAGAAAACCAAAUUUAUCAAAAUAGGUUAACUCUCCCAUUAAAAAGUUUUGAAAAGCCUUGAUGGGGUUAAAAUUUUACUUACAUGCUAUUCAAAUGAAAAGAUUAAAGCAAAAUGAUAUUGAUCAAUAAUGAUUUAUUGACAUAAAGAAUAGGUGAAGGUUUAUUAGUGCCUACAAUAUGUUUUUAAAACUUAAUUAAAAAAUGAACUAGUUAAACCCAUUAAGGUGAGUAAAAAUACAAAAACCAAUAGUUUCCUAAACUCUUAUAAUAACUAGAAAAUAUAAUGGGAAGAAAAAAUAUAGUUUGCAAUAACACUAAAAUUUCUUAAAAAGGAACAAAACUGUAGAAUGAAAAUUAUGAAAAACAAAACAUUUAAUUGAGGAAAAUAAAAAAGCACUUGAAUAGAGAAGUCAACUUUUUUAGAGGGAUGUUCCUAAGUUAAUUUAUAGAUUCAGUAGUUCAAAUCUUAUCAAAAUCCCAAUGAGAUUUGAAAUGAAAAAGAUUCUCAAGUCUCUUAAGAAAAGUAGACAUUGGAGAAGAGGAAAGAUAAUUACACGAAAGAUUAAUGAGAUUGCCUUAACAUAUAAUUAAUGAUAUAUUGAAGUUAAAAUAAUGGAGAACUUGAUUGUACAUUUGAAAAAAUGUUGAGAAUGCUGUCGCUGAAUGGCUUAGAAAUAGACCAGUGUAUGGAUCACAUGUAUUAUAACAUAGUACAUAUGCUUAUAUACUUUACAUAUGAUAAAGGGCUAUGAAUAGGAGAAGAUUAUUCAGUAAAUGGUGCUGAGAAAAUUAUUUAACUUUGGUGAAAAAUAAAAUUAGACUUUCGUCCCAUGACCUACAUCAUACAUAUACUGAUUAAAGCACAAGUUUUCAAGCUGUGUUCCAUGAACCUCCAUAUGGUUUCAUGAAGAACCACAAAUUUAACCCCAUUUUUAUCUGAUUCAUAUUCAAAAUUAGCACAAGAUUUCCUUUUUUUUAAAAAGGAGGUCCUACUACUUUAAACAUAAAAUGUUUAAAAUUUACCCAAGUGGGUUGUUGUAUGGUUGAAAACACACAUACACACAUGCAUUUUUUGAGAGUUAGAUGAA